GAUUUUGUAUCCUCCAUUUGAUGAUGUACUGCUACUUCUUUCUUCUCUUUCUUCUUUUCACUUACUGUGAAUUCCCAACAACAUCAUAUCAUCAUGUACCAGUGUGUGAUCCUAAUUAAAGCUUAGCAUUACUUCAAUUCAAGAAUGACUUUUCCUUGGACACACUAUCAAGUUCUUGGAGUGAGUGGUAUAUACAUCCACGAACUUUCAAAUGGAAUCAGACCACAGAUUCCUAGCUUGUUCAUGGGAUGGUGUGGAGUGUGAUGACAAAAGAGAAGGCCAUGUUGUUGGUCUUCAUCUUGGCUGCAGUUUUCUCAAUGCAAGUACUCUUCAUCCCAACAACACCCUUUUCACCCUCUCCCACCUCAAAACCUUGAAUCUUUCUUACAAUCAUUUGGCAGGAUCUCCAUUUUCACCUCAAUUCGGAAUGCUUUCAAACUUGAGAGUUUCUGGAUCUUUCGGGGUCAUCUUUCAAAGGUCAUGUUCCAUUACAAAUUUCACAUUUGUUUAAAUUGGUUUCCCUCCAUCUUUCUUAUAAUUCUGAUCUCAGUUUUUCAAACCUGGUUAUGAAUCAACUUGUCGAUAACAUAACCAAUCUAAGGGAACUUGGGCUUGCUGAAACCAAUCUUUCAUGCAUCCUACCCACUUCUACUUUCUUGAACUUCUCUCUCUCUUUAGAGUCUCUUGAUUUUUUUUCAUCUGAGUUGUCCGGGAAUUUUCCAGACCACAUUUUUUGUCUUCCAAAUUUGCGCGUCUUAAAGCUUCGUUGGAAUACUGAGUUGAAUGGACAUCUGCCCAUGUCUAAUUGGAGUAAAUCCCUUCAAAUUUUGGAUCUUUCUUUCACUAAUUUUUCAGGAGAGAUUCCCAACUCCAUUGGUGAAGCCAAGGCAUUGAGGUACUUAGACUUUAGUUACUGUAUGUUUUAUGGUGAAAUUCCUAAUUUUGAAAGUCAUUCUAAUCCUAUGAUCAUGGGUCAAUUAGUACCCAAUUGUGUUCUGAAUCUCACCCAAACACCUUCUUCAUCUACAUCAUUUUCAAGUCCUCUUCAUCAUGGAAAUAUUUGUUCAACAGGACUUUCAAAUCUUAUCUAUGUGGACUUGACACUUAACUCAUUCACGGGUGCUAUACCCUCUUGGCUAUACUCCUUGCCUAACUUAAAGUAUUUGGAUCUCUCUAGAAACCAAUUCUUUGGUUUCAUGAGGGAUUUUAGAUUCAACUCAUUAAAGCAUCUCGAUUUAAGUGAUAACAAUUUGCAAGGUGAAAUUUCAGAGUCUAUUUAUAGGCAACUCAAUCUUACAUAUUUAAGAUUGAAUUCCAAUCAUUUGAGUGGGGUUUUGAAUUUCAACAUGCUGUCGAGAGUCCCAAAUCUAUCGUGGCUUUACAUUUCCAAGAACACCCAACUUUCAAUAUUCUCAACUACACUUACGCCUGCACAUCUUCUUGACAUAGGAAUAGAUUCCAUCAAAUUAGAAAAAAUCCCUUACUUCUUGAGAAAUCAAAAGUACUUGUCCAACCUAAACCUUUCAAAUAAUCAAAUUGUAGAAAAAGUUCCUGAGUGGUUUUCUGAAUUGGGUGGUUUGGUUAAACUAGAUCUAUCUCAUAAUUUUUUGUCCUUAGGAAUAGAGGUGCUACUUGCUUUGCCUAAUCUGAGGAGUCUCUUUCUUGAUUUUAACUUGUUUAAUAAGCUACCUGUUCCAAUGUUGCUAUCAUCGUUUAUGGAAGAUUUUAUUGUUUCAAAUAAUAAGGUUAGUGGAAAUAUCCAUCCUUCAAUCUGCCAAGCCACCAAACUCACUUUUUUGGAUUUGUCCAAUAAUAGCUUAAGUGGUGAACUUCCACCUUGUCUCUCCAACAUGACUAAUCUAUCCCAUUUGAUAUUGAAAAGUAACAAUUUGUCUGGAGUUAUUACCAUACCUCCAAAGAUUCAAUACUAUAUUGCUUCAGAAAAUCAGUUGAUUGGAGAAAUCCCUCUUUCAAUUUGCCUUUCACUUGACCUCGCCAUCCUCAGUCUGUCAAAUAAUCACAUGAAUGGAACAAUUCCACCAUGUCUCACAAACAUCAGCACUUCUCUUUCAGUAUUGAAUUUAAAAAAUAACAACUUUAGUGGUUCCAUUCCUACAUUUCCUUCAACGGGAUGUCAAUUGAGCAGCGUUGAUUUGAAGAACAACCAAAUCGAAGGAGAAUUUCCAAAGUCAUUGCUGAACUGUGAAUAUCUUGAAGUUUUGGAUAUUGGAAAUAACAACAUGACAGGAUACUUUCCUUAUUGGUUAAAAACUGCUUCAAGUUUGCUACUUCUCAUCCUUUGAUCCAAUCAAUUUUAUGUGGACCAUUGCCUUCAAACUUUUUUUAACAACAUGAGAGCCAUCCAGGAAGAUGUCAAAAACCAACCCAACACUUCUCGUGAAAGUACUAUUUACUAUCAAGAUUCAAUUAUGGGAUAUCAUUAAAAGGGAUAGAACAACAUUUGGAAAGAAAUCUUUUCAUAUUUAAAACUAUUGAUCUAUCAAGCAAUGGUUUUAAUGGAGAGAUACCAAAAGAAAUUGGAAUGUCGAAGAUGUUUUAGUUAAAGAAAGUUUAUUGAUUUAGGUAGCGUGGUUCCAGUAAUUACAAUUUUAUAUAGAAAUUUUUAUAUCAUAUAGUUUUAUAUUUUAUAUAAAAGUAUAGGAACAUAUCUACACCAGUCUUUGGCCCACUAUAAUUAAAUUCCUAAUAAAUGAAAAAGUUAAAAUAUUGACCCACCUUAUCUGCAUGGAGAAAUUGAAUUCUCUUCUAUAUUUAAUUUUUUCAUCUAAAUUCUUUAAUACUUGACUUUGACUUUGAAAAUGUGUAAGAAUCAGUCUUCUUCUUCUUCUUCUUCUUCUUUAAUUUUUGGAGAAAAAAUAUCAAACAUUUAAUAUCUACAUAGAGAAAUUUCUACACCUAACUACCCUGAUGUGUGUGGUGCACUUAAGAGAUUAUUAAUGAAUUUAGGUUGGCCUCACUCUCUACACCAUCGCCCUGUCUCCAAGUUUCGAAAACAUUUAUUUAUCUGUUUGUUUUGGUAAAGAGAUUACAGUAAAUAUAAGGUUUAAGAUGAUUGUUUAUAUUUUCAUUUUGCAUAUAGUUUAUACUGGGAGUUAUUAUUCAAAGAAACCCUGCAACUGAAAAAAUUCAACCAACUAAACUGAUCAAAAGUAUAUAAGGAUUGAGUUGACUGUAAUAUUAGUGUUAUGUUUAAUUCGGGUUGGAUUGGAUUUCAAUUUUGUAGGAAUUGAUCGGUUUGAUUAUGUUUUUGAAUUCAAAGAAUUAAAAAGUUGCCAGUUUCCAACUUUAAUUGAAUCUGCUCUCUCUCUCACUUUGAAAAUUUUCUCACUUAAUAUUUUUCUACAUUUUAAGAGCUAGCUUAAGUGGACAAAGAUAAAAUAUUGAAAUUAUUUACCAAAUAUAGCCAAAUCUAUGGAAACUCUAUUUAGUCUAUCCCUAACAAUUCCCCAACUAUUAAAAGAGUCAAUAACUCACAUCAGAUGUUGUGUAAACGGCCAUUACAUAUCCUCCAUUAGCAUGGCAUUGUUGUUGUAUGAAUUAAAAGUAGUGUGCAUCUUCUUUCUUCUCUUUCUUUUCCUCUGUAAUUUCGUUGUAAAUUCCCGUCAUCAUGAUCAUGUGUGUGAUCCUAAACAAAGCUCAAAACUACUUGAA